AUGACGAUCGGCACCACAUUGGAAACAUCAACAGAUUUUUUAUUUUCAUCAUUAACAAGUGAAGAUACAACAAUGCGAUUUUCAUUAACACCAUAUUCAGGUGAAAAAGGUUUUCAACAAUGGAAAGAUGCUAUUUCAGUUGCAAUAAGAAUGCCAGGUGGAGUACCACCUUCAAUUCGUCAAAAAUUAUGGAUUUCAUUAGCAAUGAAUUAUAUUCGUGAAAUACAUCUUGAUUGGGAUAAAACAUGUCGAUUUGCAUUUAAUAAUUGUUCCAAUCCAGAUGAUGAUCAACUUGGUAUUCAAAUCGUUAAAGAUCUUCAUCGAACUGGUUGUAGUUGGUCAUCAAAUGAACAUGAUCGUGCAACAUUAAAACGUGUUUUACUUGCAUUUGCACGUUAUAAUAAAUCAAUUGGUUAUUGUCAAGGUUUAAAUAUUUUAACUGCUGUUAUACUUGAUGUUGUUGAUAUGAAUGAAGAAUAUGCUUUAAUGAUAUUAAUCUAUUUAAUCGAUAGUAUAUUACCAAAUUUUUUUGAAAAUAAUUUACGUGCAUUAGCUGUUGAUAUGGCUGUUUUUCGUGAAUGGUUAAGAGUUUAUAAUGGUAAAUUACAUUUACAUUUACAAAAUCUUCAAUCAUCAUCACAUGAUGCAUCCGGAACAAUUUAUGAACCACCUUUAUUGAAUGUUUUUACAAUUCAAUGGUUUUUAACAUUGUUUGCAACAUGUUUAUCACGACGAGUAGCUUUACGUGUUUGGGAUGCAUUAAUGAUUGAAGGAAGUGAAGUUUUAUUUCGUACUGGACUUAUAAUAUGGUCGAAAUUAGCUAUUCCGGUUUUGAAAGUAUCCACUGCUGAUCAAUUUUAUUCAGUUAUGGCACAAUUAUCAGUACAAUUAUUAGAUGAAAAAAUUAUUGAUGCAGAUAAUUUAAUCAAAGAAAUCUAUAAUUUUGGUGUAUUUCCAACUCCUAUUUUAUCUGAAUUACGUCAAAAAUUUUCAUUUAAUAUAACACCAUUUCAACAAUUAUCUGCAGCUGCGACAAAUCCACCAGAGAAUGAAAAAAUUAAACGAACAGUUCAACGAACGAAUAGUGAUGACCCAAAAAUAAAAAAUAAUAAACGAUCGAAAACAAAAACGAAUACAAAUAAUGAUGAUGAAACAGCAACCGUAGGUGAUGAAGAUAUGGCUAAUUUUGUUUCUUGUUUUGCAAUGUUAUCUUCUUCAUCACGCAAUAAUCGACUUGAACAUCAUCCAAAUGAUUCGAUAAGUAGUAAUAAUCCAACAGCAUUAUCACGUUUAACACCUGGAGCUUAUUCAAAUUUACCAACAACACAUAAAACAAAUACAAUUGAAGAUUCUCUAUCACUUGAUAUAAGUCAACUUCGACAACAAUAUAGAAAACUGAAAGAUCGUAAUAAACAAGUACAAGUUAUUAUUCAAACUGCUUCAAAUGAACAAAAACAACGAACACGUGCACCAUCAAUUCAUCCAUCAGUAACAAAUGCUACAGAAACUUUUCGACGACCAACAGUUUCUUCAAUGGAAUCUUCUACUUCGAGAUUACCAUCUGUUUGCUCCAUAUCAGAUGGUCCAUUAAUUAAUCAUUUAUUAAUUAAACCAACAGAUGUAAAACGAAAUCAAUUCAAAAAACCUGUUUCUCUCAAAUCAACUUCAUCAUCAACUGUACCUGUGCAAGAUCAUCGACAAUCAAAAGUAAUUCAGCCGAUUACGACUGAAAUAAUUCCACAACCAACAUCUUCUCGUUCCAAAGAACAAGAAGCUGCUGAAGCAGCUGAAUUACAAGAUGAAAUCGAUCAACUUUUAAUAAGUCUUAAUCUUGAAAAACCAAUACCAACGCCAACACCAAUAUCAUCUAUAAAUAUAACUGAACAACAGCAACAACAACAACAAAUUAUAAUUGAAGAAAAUGUUCAACUUGAAACUGUUGCACGAACACUUUAUAAUUAUGAAAAAAGUCAAGUAACAACAAAUGAAAAAAAAGAAACACCAAAUUUUAUUGAUCGUUUAUUAACAUCACGUACUGUACAAAUACCUAAAUAUUCAUCAUUUAAUCCAUUUCCUUCACGAUCAUUCAAUGAAAAUGUUGCUGUUAAUGGUUAUAAACUUGGUUUAUAUGCACCUGAUCCAGCCAAUCGUUAA